AUGAUCAAUAUAUACUAUAGCACUAACGAGAAUGCUGAACUCAGUAACUUUGCAAUUAGGCCUUUCAUUAUCAAUGGUGUUAGAUAUGAUAGUGUAGAACAAUAUUUCCAAAUAAUGAAAUUUAAAAUUGAAGCUGUUUAUACAUAUGAUAAGGAUUCGGAAGAAGGUAGAAAAUCCAAAGAGAAAAUUGAUUCUUUGAUUCAAAAAAUGCAAAACACUAAGUCAGGAUCUCUUUUAAAGAAAUUAGGAAAUACCAGAAUUAAAAAUGCCAAAUUUAAUUCAGGAUUAUGGACUCAAGAAAGCCAAAAUGUCAUGAGAGAAGGUAUAUUUGAGUCUUUCAAGCAAAAUCCUCCAUUCCUCAAGAAAUUAUUGGAAACCGGAGAUGCAACUUUAACUCAUAACCAAGAUAAAAGCAGAUGGGGAAAGCUCUUCCCAAAAAUAUUGAUGGAAGUGAGAGAGCAAUUAAAAGAAAGUCAAUAA